CCGUGAAAUAUGAACCGCGCUUGCUGAACGCUCUAAUCCGUAGUACGAAUUGGAACAUUCAUCGCCUGGAUCAAUCUAUCGUACACACAGUACACCGUUUCUAAAGCGAUGGGGUCUCAUGAUGAUCAGUCUUCCCACAACCUUGAUUUCCAAACGCCGCUGCGCACUUCAGGGAGAUACAUAGUUGAUGCUGCAGGCAAGCGGGUGAAGCUCGCAUCGGUCAAUUGGUACGGCGCCUCGGACAUUUAUUUUGUGGCCGGAGGUCUCGACUUCCGCCACCGAACGGAGAUCGCUGCAACCAUCAAGAGGCUCGGUUUCAACAGUGUACGGUUUCCAUACUCGGAUGAACUCGUUGUGAGGAACCCAGUGAUACCGCCAGAGUUGCUUUCUGCCAAUCUAGAUUUACUGGAUGCAUAUGACUUGAAUCACAGCGAUGCUUCCCGCCACAAGGACAAGGUCCACGGACCCCGGGCUAUGGAUGUGUUCGUAGCAUGUGUCGAGGCGAUGACAGAUGCUGGAUUAAUGGUCAUUGUCAACGAUCACAUCACAAAUGCACAAUGGUGCGACGGAUUCGACUUCUCGGAUUCUAUGUGGAAGAAUGACCACAUGGGCCCCCUUUGCAGGGUUCCCCAGACGACGAGCCAGUGGAUCGACAACUGGAAGACUAUCAUGAAGCCAUUCAUCAGCAAUCCGCUCGUGAUCGGCGCUGAUCUGAGAAACGAGCCACGCGGAAUAUACUGCCCAUGGUCGACUUGGGCACCUGCAGCAGAGGAAGCCAGCGAGGCUCUUCUCGAAAUGCAACCCAAUUGGCUCAUGUUUGUUGAAGGCAUCGCUUCUGCCAAUGACUGUUCCGGCGCUCACAAGCGACCCAUCAAACUCUCCAUCCCCGAUCGCGUGGUAUACAGCAGCCAUGUAUACGCAUGGAGUGGUUGGGGCAAGAUCCGCUGGGAUGGACCUCAGAAAUACUCCAAGCGGACAUACGAAUCAUUCUCCGAAGCUAUGGAUCACAAAUGGGGAUUUCUUUUGAACGACAACAUCGCGCCUGUGUGGGCUGGAGAGUUUGGCAUCUCAAGUGGCGCGGACGCUGGCGAUCGUAACUACUGGACAAACCUGAUGAGAUAUCUUCGUGAGAAAGACGUCGACUUCGGAUACUGGGCUCUGAACCCGCGCCAACCAGAUCUAUACGAGCAUGAGUGCUAUGGACUUCUUUGUGAUGACUGGGAAACGCCGAGGGAAGGUGAUUUUCGUCUUCCUGAUCUCCAGGAUCUUGCGCAAGGACGAUGAUGAAGAACCUGUCUUUGUAGAGGUCAACCGUUUUAUAGUACAGUGUCUACAUGCGGAGUCACAGGAGAGCUUGACAAGCCACAUUCAUACAAGUUCAAUUGGCGAUGACUCGGCAGAUGCGAUGCACAGUAUCAUCACGCUGUCCAUGGAUUGAUCUGUGAAUUAUUAAUCAGGACGUCGGAGCAACUUGAAGCAUCGGCCAAUAGCAAAGCUCCGACCCGAACGCUCGGACGCUCGGGCUGUGGUAUCCCGAUGGCACCACGCAGCAUCUUUUCCAGCCAUAAACGUCUGCUCGCCGAGCCGACGACAAUGACUUGA